AUGGACGGCUCUUGUUCGCCCACCGAUGCUCCGCAAGCCGCGUGCGUUUCUCCCAAGCAUCCCAACGGCCCACUCCUUCCGCAUUCUCCUCGCGCGAACACCGCCGUGCGGCCAUGCCCUCCAGCAGCUGGGGCGCGCUCCCCUAGGCGGAACGCACCACCAGAGGGAGGCUCUGUGCGAUCACCUAGAUUCGCCGGGAGUGACGUGUCGACUGCAGCAGCUAGCUGCCCUCCCCUCUCCCCCUCCACCCCGAGUCGGAGAACUCCCCCCCGCAACUGCACCCGCCGACACAGCUUUUCCCCCGCCUCGCCCCCCAUUCCCGCAGCCCUUAGCUCCGCCGCCGGCGCCCAACGUACUAGCAGCGCCAAUCCCCACUCCGCGAGUGCGUCGCCCCGCGCUGCUAGGGAGCGCCGUCUAAGCGAGGGCGGGCGGGAGGAACGGCGCGAGUGGGGCAUUCCAAGGGCGCAAGCGGGGCAAGCGGGGCAAGCGGAGGGGUCGGCUGGGGCGGGCCCGCCGCUACAGCCGGCGAGGGAAGUAGAUAGCGUGCAGAGGAGAUUUCCAAGCGGAGACAAGGCGUUGGGGGGGAAUAGAUUCGCUGAGGCGUCUGGCGGACAGGAGAGGGCGCUCAGACGCGCGCAGUCGUGCGUGGUUCCGCGCACGGCGGAACGGGGCGCGGGGACUGCGGUAUCGGGCGCUGCAGGCCGGGGCGGAGGGAUGGUAGCGCGAGGAAGGGGGAGAGGAAGAGGCGCGGAGGCAGGAAGGGGGAGGGCGCGGGUUGUCGCGACGGACGGCGCGCAGAGCAGCGCCGAUGGUCCGCGGAGUGAUUCGUGCGCGCAGGCAUGCCCAGGCUCGUACCAACCGUAUUCCCCAGCUCCGCCAUCCGCCGCUCCGCGCGCGUCUCCUCGUUCCUCUCCGCUCGCCUCUCCGCGCGCCUCUCCGCUCGCCUCUCCGCGCGCCUCUCCGCCCUCCUUAUCAUCCGCCUCUCCUCCUCCCGUUUCUCCGCCACGCGCCACUCCGCCGCCGUCCGCUUCUCCGUCUUCCCCGCGCCCUCCCAGCUACAUGCACUCCUUUUCCCUGCCACCGAAUGCGCUGUCCCCACCCGUUCCCGCGCGCUCGUCGCCCCCCACCCAACCUGCGCCAACACCGCCACCCCCCGCGCGUGCUCCGCCUGCAUCUCUCCCUUACUCCCCGCCCGCAGCAGCAGCUCCGCCUCCGGCGCAAGCCAGCAGCGCCGCGCACAGUACCCCACGCGGCGCGGAACGGGGCAGAGGGCCGGCAGCAACUGUCGGGUCUAGAGGGAGGACGCACGCGACUGGCGAGCGUGCUGCUGCCACUGGUGCUGCCGCUGCCGCUGCCGCUUCUGGUGCCGGUGGGGCUGGCGGCGAGGCUGUGACGUCCACGGAGCAGAGCGGGAGGGAGAGGAGCGCGGUGCAUGGGGGGAACGCCAGAGAAGCACAUGGGGGGAACGGCGCUGAAGGGCGCUGGCUCACGGCGGAAAGGAGCAGCGCGGGGAGCGAAGGGGCAGUGCAGCGGGGGGCAUUGGUGGUGGCGGACGGAGCGGGGGAGAGGGGCGGUGCGGAGGCGGAGGGAAGAGGCGUGAGGGAGGGCGGGGAAGAUGGAGGAGGGCGCGCAGCGUCUGAACAGGAGUGCGAGGGGAGGAGGGGAGGAGCAGCAGCAGUCACAGGGGGGAGGAACGGAGUCGGUGGGGAGCAGAGGGGUAACGGGGAGGUGGUGAUUGAAGCGGUCUGCGGGGAGGGUGCGAGUGAAGCAGCGCGGGUGACUACACGGGUGGCAUGUGCGGAGGGCGAGCGGGGGAGGGCGGCGUGGCAGGGACAGGCCAGAGCAUGCAGAGACGAGGCUGGGUGGGGAAGCGGGGGGGGAAUGAAAGGGGAAGUGGGUGCGGAAGCGGCCGCAUCGCACGCGGCGCACGUACACGCGCAUGCGGCGGCGUCUGUUGCGCGGCUGAUGCUAAUGCAGGAGCUGCAGCAACUGAGCGACGAGGACGAGGACGAGGAGGAGGAGGGCGGGGAGGGCGCGGGGAGUGAGGAGGGGGCGAAGGCAGGCGAAGGGAGUGUUGAUGCGGGGAGGGGAGCAGACGUGGCAGCAGAGGCGGGAGGAGCAGGCGAGGGGGAUGGCGUUGGCAGCAGGGCAGGGAGGGGGAGCCGUGUGAUGCCGCGCAGCAAGAGCAUGGUCACCGGCCCUCUUGCUUCCCGUGCUUCCAAUGACACCUCUGCAUCUGCUGCUGCUGGUGCGGGCAAGUUGGGGCGACGAGUGGUGGCGAGCCGGGCGACAUCCCUGGACACGUUCGAGAACUGGCCCGCACACAGGACACGCGCGGUGAGCGGGGCACGCAGGGUGAGCGGGGCACGCGAGGUGCGAGGGGCUGACAGAGGGAGGUUGGGACUCACGUGGUCAAAGAGUGACAAGACAUGGGAGGGAGCGCGGGCAGCAGAGCGUGGAGCAGAGCAGCACUGGCUGCUGGGGCCGUGUGCACCCAUUGCUGAGGCGCCACACGAGUCAUCAUCGCCAUGCCGCCAUGCCCCUGCAGCUGCCCAGGGCGGUGCGUGUACAGAGUGCAGCGCGGCUGGUAGUGGCAGCGGCAGUGGGCGCGGUGCGGGAGGGCAUGGUAUGGUGUCAGCACAAGGCGGUGGCACUGCUGGUGGUGCCGGGCUGGGACAUGGGCAUGAGAAUGGGCAUGGGAAUGGGCAUGUGAGCGAACGCAUAUCCACUCUCUCUGCAGAGACAGAGUGCUCGCACAGGUGGCACGCCAAGGCAAGCACAGAUUUGAACUCGAUGGGAAGGCUGGAGGAGAGGGAUGGCAAUGACGGGUCAUGUGUCAUGUCAUGUGGUGCGUGCGAGGGUGGCACUGGCGAUGCAUGCACGUGCCCAUGUACAUGCGCAUGUGACGACGCGGCGAGUGUGAGUGGCAGCUGCAGCGCGUGCAGCCAAGGCAGCGAUCCGCGGCACAGGAGCACGGGCAGCCGGAGCAGCGUGCUGUCUGGGAUCACCACCGACACAUGGGGCACUGCCAGCACCAUCAGUGCUGGUGGCAGCACGAGAAGCAUGUGCAGUGAGAGGAGUGGGGGAGGGAUGGGGGAAGGAAUGGGGGGAGGAGGAGGGGACGGGUGGUUUGGAAGCAAGGGAGGCAAGGGGGGCCCGGUGGCGGUGGUGGUGGGGGCGGGAGUGGCGGGGGCGCGCAUGAGCAUGCCCUUCCCUCCUGCCUCCUCCUCCUCCUCAACCUCCGUCUCUUCCUCUGCUGACUCAUCUUCUUCUGCAUGCGAUGCCAGUGGUGCUGUUGAUAACACGAGCGCCAGUAGCAGCAGCACGGGGAAUGGUGAGAGAGGCAUGCCCGCGCUCUCUCUCCCGCAGAUCCGUCCCUCCUCGUUCCUCUUCCCCUCACACUCCUCCUCUCGCACCUCCCCUGCUGCUGCUCGCUCAGCUCUCCCCUCCCGCGCCCAUCCUUCUGACGCCACGCCCACACGAAACGUUCCCAGCAACCCCACGACCCCCACCGCCACUCAGCAGCCUCUCCCCCAAAACUGCACACGCACAACCUCCACAGGAGCUGCCGAUCUCGCUGCCGCCACCCUGUCCUUCCACCCCGACCGCCUACUGGGGCAGGGCGCGUACGGCCCCGUGUACCGUGGGGAACUGGAUGACGGCGUUGCUGUGGCUGUCAAACGCAUGAAGGCCCGCGCUGCAGCGGGAGCAGCGGGGGCGGUGGGAUCAGUGGGAGUGGGUGAGCAACAGAGGGAGGAGCGGCGGGGGGGAGGGGGCAUGGUGUGGGAGGCGGAGGGGGAGGAGAGCAGUGGCGUGGAGAGCUUUGAGAGGGAGGUGGAGGUGCUGAGCCGUGUGAAGCAUGAGCACAUCGUGCAGCUCAUCGGGUGCUGCCCUGACGACUGCUCUCUCGUCUAUGAGUACAUGGCGGGGGGUAGCCUCCAGCAGAGACUAGUACAACAAGCACUCGCCCACCGCGUGCGCAUUGCUCAUGAGAUUGCAUCUGCCCUGCUGUACCUGCACCGCAGCCAACCGCCCAUGAUCCACCGGGACCUCAAGCCCGACAACAUUCUGCUCUCUGCACACGACUGCAGCAAGAUUGCCGACGUGGGCAUCGCAUGUGCGCUCGCCAACCCCUUUGCCACGUCCGUCAAGACCCACCGCGUGCGCGGCACUGUGGGGUUCAUCGCCCCAGAAGCCAUAGCUUCGUUUGAGCUCUCCCCUCGCUCCGAUGUGUACUCCUUUGGUAUCCUCCUCCUCAUGCUGCUCACUGGGUUCACCUCCUCUCGCUCUGUCCAUGACAUUCUCGCGCAAGCCACGCCGCCCGGCCGCCCGCGUGACGUGGAAGUUGCUGUGGCGCUGUUCACUGCCAGGCUGGAUAAGAGAGCAGGGCGGUGGGAUUUGGGGCUAGCGCGGAGGGUGGUGCGAGUGGGAGUGCGGUGUGUGGAGAGGUGUGCUGAGAUGAGGCCUGACUUAGAGGAGGAGGUGGAGCUGGAACUUAGGGACGUGACGAGGGAGGCGGUCAGGCAGGCUGAGGAAAUGAGCAAUGUGGAAAGUGGUGGUGGUAGGUAG